UUCUUUAUCCAUUUCCAGAUUACGCCCGUUAAUCGUUAUCCAGGACGUCAGGGAGCCAAAACAAAAACACCCACUGCAAAAACCAAAACAGAGAAAAAGCUUGCAAUUUGGCAAAUGGCUCUUCACAACGUUUCCUUAUUCUCUUCCAAUCUCACAACAAAACCCCGUCUCUCUUCUCCCAUCUCUCUCCCGUCCUUGUCGACGAAGAAUCGUCUCGAAGCUUCUCAGAGUAGUCUGCUUUCGUCUCUGCGCGAAUCGGCAUCGAAGGCCAGCUUGCUCGCGCUGCUCUCCGCUUCUCUUUUGGUCGCCGAUCCCGCGCUCGCCUUUAAGGGUGGAGGUCCGUACGGGCAAGAGGUGACUAGGGGACAGGAUCUCACCGGGAAGGACUUUAGUGGAAAGACAUUGAUCAAGCAAGACUUCAAAACGUCGAUUUUGCGGCAAGCCAAGUUCAAAGGCGCCAAAUUACUUGGCGCUAGCUUCUUUGAUGCUGAUCUUACAGGGGCUGAUCUUUCGGAUGCUGAUCUAAGAGGUGCAGACUUUUCUUUGGCCAAUGUAACAAAGGCAAAUUUAAGCAACGCCAACUUGGAAGGCGCACUUGCUACAGGCAAUACAUCUUUCAAGGGGUCCGACAUAACAGGAGCUGACUUCACUGAUGUGCCAUUGAGGGAUGAUCAGCGGGAAUAUCUUUGUAAAGUUGCGGAUGGCAUAAAUCCAACAACAGGUAACGCGACACGUGAGACAUUGUUAUGCAAUUAGUUUUUCAUUGGUCGGAGUAUUUGUUCAAAUUACAAUAAAGAGUACGCGGUGAUACGCCUGUAACAGGCUGCAGUUUACAUAAGAUGAGGUUGGUCCUUAAUCUGCUAUAGCCAUUGUUGAUAUGUACUUAAAAGUAUCCGUGAAAUCAGAACAUGAAAUUCUCUUUUGUAUUAGACAUAUCCUGUAAAUCAGAAACAUUGUGUUACGUGUUGUAUAUUAAUACAAGGGACAUCUAACAAUUCGACAA